AAUAAUAAUUAAAAAAAAUUAAAACCCUUCCUUCACCGCUUAAAACUGCACUUGUUACCAUUUGAAGUCUUCCUGAAGAAGAUCAUUCAAAAAAAGAGGUCUUACUUAAGAAGUUUGUUUUGUAUUUGUUUGUUACUGGAAUUCACAAAUUCAAUUUUGUUCUUCUCAAAUGAUGGAAACGAGUAACUCACCGCGAGUGUUUCGCGGUGUUCAUUUUGUUCUAUUUGGUUUUAAUCCACUCACUGAAAGCAAGAUACGAUUCAAGCUUGUAAAUGGUGGUGGAAUUGAUGCGGGGAAGUACAGUGGGAAUUGCACUCAUGUUAUUGUUGAUAACAUUACUUAUGACGAUCCUGUUUGUGUUGCUGCAAGAAAUGAUGGAAAGAAGGUGGUUACUGCAUUAUGGGUUGAACACCGUGCUGAUAUUGGAACGUGUGUUAAUAUUAACUCGAUUAUGUACAGACCGCUUAAAGAUUUAGAUGGAAUUCCGGGUGCAAAAAAUUUGACUGUCUGCUUGACUGGCUAUCUACGCCAGGAUCGGGAUGACAUUAUGACAAUGGUUGAGCUGAUGGGUGCACAGUUUUCUAAGCCGUUGGUGGCAACCAAGGUUACUCAUCUUGUAUGCUACAAAUUUGAAGGGGAGAAGUACGAGCUUGCCAAGAGAUUGGCCACAAUAAAGCUAGUUAAUCAUCAUUGGUUGGAAGAUUGCUUAAAGAAUUGGAAGAUUCUUCCUGAAGAAAAAUAUUUCAAGAGUGGUUUUGAACUGGAGAUGAUGGAGGAAGAGGCUAAGGAUUCCGAGGAAGAGGUUGAGGAUUCCAAGCUGGAGCAAUGCAGGGGAAGGAAUAGAAGCAAAAGUCCCCUCGGUUCGAAAUUUGGUACAGCUUUGACUCAUGGAAUGUCAAAAUCUUUAAGAGAGGAGGCAUCAAAUGCCAUCUCAGAUUCUACUGGUCCACAGGUUUUGCCAAACACCAAUAAGGGUAAAGACUCAACUACUACACCAAAUAAGGACAAUUCUGAUCAAGAUAUAGACUUGCAUAAUAUUGGUGACUCAAAAAUAAGCCGCCAGGUUCCUGAAGCUUCUUGGCAUUCUACAUCGCGUCAGCCACCUGAAUCAUAUGUUAAGACCAUUGGGUCUAAAAAUGCUGAUUUUCCGAAGACAUCUGGCUUCCAGGAUCUUGGCCUUACUGAAAAUACAAAUUCACCGGUUCAAGGACCCAAUCUGCAUGAUGACACUUUGGAGACCAAGAAGUUAAGUUGCUCGAGAUCAACUUCUGCAAGUGCGGAAAGACUUGCCUGUUCAGAUGAAAAGCUUGGUGCUACAAGUUACUCUAGGAAGAAUCUAAAGGGAUUUAACUUUUCGAGGGUAUUAGACGAAUGUAAAGACAGAGAAGGCAACAACCUUGAAUCCUCUUCCACUAAGGCAGAAAAGGAAAGUGAGGGAAUCAAAUCUGCCUGUGUUGAAGGAUCUGGGAAAGAAACUGGUGUUAUUCAAAAGGGUCAUAAAAAUAAUUUAUUGCCUCAAAAGAGGACAAAAGAAGCUGCUUCUACCAAAUUAAAAUCAAGGAAAACUGCUGCUAAUGCAAAAUUGUCUAUUGAAAGGACACCACUAGCAAAUGGUAAAUCUCAAGGAUUAAAAGCGCCAUCUGUGGUUGAUGAGCCACCUGUGUCUGAUGGAUAUCUUUCAGUUGACAAAGAUGGUAUAAAUAGCUCAAACACUUACUUGAUUUCUAAAUCUGCAGCUUCUACCUCCAACUCACUGGCAUUUGAUAAGCCUGUCUCAAGAAAUACAGAGUCUGCUCAAUGUGAUAAUGCUUAUCAGAAUUCAGCACAAAGGGCUGUUCAGAGCUUAAGUAAGACUAAAAUUAGUGGUGAGGCUGAUAUAACAGGUUUUGGAAUGGGAAAAGGUGAUAAUGAAGCAAAGCAACUUAAUGUCACUACAAAUCUUGGUUGUUCAUCACCAGGAAAGAAGUCAAAGAAUGAAGGAUCUACUGGUCUUGAUAAUUUAGAUUUAUGCAAUGAAGAAAGCAAUAAACUGAUUAGAAAAUCACCCCGUAAGAAGUCAGUUGCCAAGAGAACUUUGGGUUCUAGACCCAGAAAAGGUGUUACUACUAAACUGAAAAGUUCAGUUUGCUUGAAUAAAACUGCUCAGCAAGAUGAAGGUGUAAGUUCUUCCAGUGGAAGCCAAGAGAUAGAAAUUUCUGGCGCUAAAAAGCAUCAGUCAUCACCCCAAAUCCUUGAUGUUAAUAAAUUGAUGGAGCAAGAAAUGGUUAGUGAAUGUGCAGAAGAUGCUGGUGGCAAAACUAAUAUUUUGGAUGACGAGACAGAGGCUCCAGAUGACAAAUGUGAGUAUAAGUUGGGAAUGGCUCCUGAUGAAGAAUUGGUUAAUAUUUCCAAAAAAGUAGACACCUCAACAGAAGAGAACUUGGAAGAAAUUGACCAUUUAAAAAAAUGUGAAGAAGCAAUGCCUCCUAAAAAAGUCACAAAUGAAACUGGAAAACAGAAACUACGUUCACUGUUAGACUCAACCUCAAAGUUAAAAGUAAAGCAUCAAGCAAAAAAACAUCCUGCAAGUAGAACCAAGAAGACCACAGUUACAAAGAAAUUAGUGAAAUCUGAAGUGGCAGUAUCUGAGGAGAAGAUUGAUAAUGUGACAAGGGAUGAGGCAGGGAUAAAUAUCCUGAAAGAAAUGUCUGUACCUUCUGAUAUAAGUGAGAACUCAAAUGUACCAAGAAAUAAGUCACAAAAUUUUAUUGAAGAGGAAAAGGAGAACAGACCAAAUGAAAGAGAGCAAGGUUCAGUGGAGGGAAGAAGUGUUGUAAAUCGAACUACUAAAUCUAGUGUUACGCUAGCAAAUAUCACGUCUAAGAAAAUGAAGCACAAUCCAUCUAUAUCAGGAUUUAAUGCAAAAGUAAAAACUGAAGCCACAUGUUUUAUAUUAAGUGGGCAUCGCCUACAGAGAAAGGAGUUUCAACAAGUAAUCAAGCGUUUGAAAGGAAGGGUUUGCCGCGAUUCUCAUCAGUGGUCAUAUCAUGCGACACACUUCAUAUCCCCGGACCCAAUAAGGAGGACAGAGAAAUUUUUUGCUGCUACUGCAUCAGGAAGGUGGAUUCUUAAAACUGAUUUCUUAACUGACAGUAGCGAGGCAGGAAAGUUCAUGCCAGAGGAGCCUUAUGAGUGGCACAAGAAUGGUCUCAGUGAGGAUGGUGCCAUCAAUAUGGAAGCUCCAAGAAAGUGGCGGCUGGUGAAAGAAAGAACAGGUCAUGGUGCCUUUUAUGGGAUGCGUAUUGUUGUAUAUGGUGAUUGUUUUGCCCCACCUUUGGAUACUCUAAAGCGCGUGGUAAAAGCUGGAGAUGGAACAAUAUUAGCAACAUCUCCACCUUAUACCCGCUUUCUUGAUACUGGGGUCGACUAUGCCAUAGUUAGCCCUGGUAUGCCACGUGUUGAUUUGUGGGUCCAAGAGUUCUUAAAACAUGAGAUACCUUGUGUUGUAGCAGACUACUUGGUCGAGUAUGUCUGCAAGCCUGGGUUCUCCCUUGAAAGACAUGUAUUGUAUGGCACUCAUGCUUGGGCAGAUAAGUCAUUUGCAAAACUUCUAAGUAAGGCAGAGGAGAUUAUUGAGGUGGUCAUUCCUGCUCCUGCUGAGGAUUGCAAUGAUGGUGAUGAUGAUGUAGCUUGCCGGGUAUGUAGAUCCCGGGAAAGAGGAGAUGUUAUGCUCAUUUGUGGUGAUGAAAGUGGUUCCGUUGGCUGUGGAAUGGGUACCCAUAUCGAUUGCUGCGAUCCUCCGCUCACAGCUGUUCCUGAGGAGGAUUGGUUCUGCCCAAAAUGCAUUAACACCCAAAAAUGCUCAAAAAAUCCCAAUAAAAGGAAAAAGGGAGCAUUAUCUUCAUCAAAGACCAAGUGAUUUUGCCUACCUGGUGGGUUUACUCGAGCUGUUCUUAGAUAGCUGUCAUAAUAAUUAUGUAAAAAUCCUUUAAUAUUAACGAACUAAUGUUGAUUUACAUGUUUGGGCAACACUUAAUGGACUCUGAUAAAAUAGCAUAUGAAUUUGUAAAGCUCUAUCAAGUUAAAUGCUUAUGACAUGACAAGAAAAUAAUUCAUUUUCGAAAUAUGUAAUCCUUUUCUCAAUGAAAGAUUGUGUUUUGUUAUUA